AUGGCGAAAGCAAACCUAUCUAGUUUAGUACACGAACUUCGAGAACGCAUAGCAGCAUCUUCUUCCUCUUCUCCCUCUCCAAACAACCCUGCCGACGACGACGUUUUGGAGCUCAGGUUCCGUACCGUACUCCCCAAUCUCCUUCACGCUUACGUUCCCCCUUCUUCCUCCGGUAACGAUAGAGAAGUUAUUGCCGUAGUGAAACUCAUCUCUCGCACGGCAAUAAACUUCCCCGGAGUGUUUUAUCACGGCAAGGCCACCGCUAUUUUACCUAUCAUUGCUCGUUUACUACCGUUUUUCGCUGAUCCUAUUUUUAGAUCUCGUCAUGAUGUCUUCUUUGAAGCUAUCGGUUCUCUUUUAUCUUUACUUCGUUCCGGUGCGCGAGAUUCUUAUAGACAGUUCUUCGUUGAUUCCAUGUUUCUCAUUCAAGAUGUUUUACACUUGGCUUCACUUACUGUGAAUGGACCCUCUAAGGUGACACUUAAGUGUUUUUCCGAAUCCUUCUCUGGAGUUGAAGAUCUUCCACUAACCAAUAAGCCAGUUGAUGGUUGUGGUUUAUUGUUAGACCUGAGUACCAAAAGCAGGUGGCAACCUUUUGCAACUUGGAUUUUGAAGCUACUUAGUAAAUGUCUAACUGAAGGAACACUCUAUGUUGAAGGAUUGAUCCAUGCUUCGUUUGUCUCUUCCGCAUGCUCUCUUUUAUGCUUUGGGGAUUCUGAUCUGCAUAUGGCAUGCUUUGACUUUGUGCACGUCAUUGCGACGGUGACAAACUAUGAUAUAAUUCCUUAUGAGAGUAUAAUCCGCUCAAUAAUUAUCAUCUUGGAUUUGGACAAGGAGGGGCUUCCUUUUUUCAGAAACUUGACUUAUGAUUUAUCGUUGGGAGUUUGCCUCAAUACUCUCCACUCUAGCUGUCCAGAAGACAUUGUCAGGUUAACAGCUGCUGAUUUAGUCGGUGUAUUCUUUGGAUCACCGGGGAGAACCAAGAGCCAGCAACUUAAGGCUGCACUAUGCAGUGCUUAUGCUAGAAUUGCUCAAGUUUGCUCUCCUCAUGUCUGGAAGCCAGAGCAUCUCAUAUCUGCACUCUAUCAUCCAGAACCAUGUUUGCCUAUGAUAGAGUGCUUUCAAGUAGCUGUAUCUACCCUUGGUCCACAUCUUGUAGGGGGAAUCCAAGGAAACGAUAAGAAUGGAGCCCUUUUAUCGAAUGAAAACAAGCCAAUUGAAAGGACGGGGCAUGGCCAAAAGAGGUCCAUUCAGGAUAUGGAUAAUUUUAAGAUCAAACGCCAAAGAUUAAGUAAAGAAAUUGAUGUUGUAGAUGCCAGUAUUGAGGUGGAAUGUAAAUAUAAUUGUAUAGUUACUUGCCAAAGAGUAGAAGAUUAUGCUAACCACAUGAAUAAAUCUCUUCUAUCAUUUAUUCAAUCACUAAAUGCUCCUGCUGUUGGACCUGGUUCUUUGAAGCCAGAUAUUGCUUUAUCUGCACUUAGCGUUCUAUGCAUUGCCUUCUCUAUUUAUCCAGAAAGCGAUAUGUCUAUUAGAAUCUUUGAGCAGAUGCUUGCAUGGCUUCCUUGGAUAACUGAGCAGGUGAAACAAGGGAGUUCAAUUUCUGUAGAUAUCUCCACUUAUCUAGAAGGAAUUCACAGUGUAUUGCUUUUGCAAAGCGCCUCUUUCAAAGAGAACAACCCAUUGCAAGAUGGGAAUUACCAUGUAGACCUUAUGCUUGCCGUGCUUAAACUUCCCUGGACUCAUACGCUCCUUGUUAUUGAUAAUCAAUUGCCAUGGAAAAUUAAAUGCCUUGCUCUUCAAGUAUUAUCAAAGUUAGGUCCAAGCUUAAGCAGUGAAGUUGUUCUUGAUGUUUUGGAUUUGGGUCUUCAUGAUGAAGCUGAAGAAGUCAGGACUGAAGCAGCUAUUUCUUUGCCAGUGAUGGUUUUGUGGUCUGGUCUUGAUGUAUCACCUUCUGUCUUUAAAAGGAUGGAGUACUUAAGAACAGAUAAAGAGGUUAAGAAACUUCUUCCCAUAUCUCUUGGUCUAUUGUCAUGCCUUUAUGGAUGCAGACGCGCUGUAUCUGGUCUUCCUAAGAACAAGUGCAAGUUAUUUCUAAAGGGGAAAGGUGGUGGAUCUAGUUGGACAAUAGAUCAUUUACUGCAAGGUUUCAGCUGUUCCAAAUGCGAUAAAAAUUUUAUUCGCAAUCACAAUGAGCAGCAUCCUCCCAUCAUUCCUCGAUCUGAUAUGUGUGGAGUAGAUGCACAAGUUAGUUUAGACUGUAAUUUCAUGCUGCUGCAAUCUUUAUUUUUUGACCUUCUUUUUGAUGAGUCAUCAGAGGAUGUCCAGAUUUCCUGUGUGACAAUUAUUCAUCGCAUCCUUGCACACGGUGCCCCUGAUAUUCUGCUCAAUACAAGGCUUGAAUGGAUAAAGUGUGUAGAAUAUCUAUUGACUAGUAGGAGCAAGGAAUUGAGAGAUGCAUUUUGCAAUCAUAUUAGUUCCUUUAUGGAUGACCAUAUUUUGAGUUUAAUAUUUGCUGGAGAUAAAGGCAAAAGCAAGGAGCAAAAAUUCUUGGAUACAGUUAAACAAGCCAUUAUAGUCGCCGAUGAUCCACUUAUACUGGAGACUUUAAUGGAAUCUACAGCAGAAAUAAUGGUUUCUGUUGAUAUAGGUAGCAAACUGUUCUUAUCUUCUCUGAUACUGUUGAUUGAUCAGCUUGAUAGUGUACAUGUGACUGUGAGAAUGAAUGCAUCAAGAUUAAUACACAAAUCUUGUCAUUUCCAUCUUAAAGGAGGUCUUGAACUAAUUCUUUCUAAAGAUGCUCAUAUUCGUAAUGAACUGUAUGAUUAUCUCUCUGAGAGACUUGCUAGCCGCCCAGAUUUAGUGAGGGAAUUUGCAGAAGCUGUCUUUGGUGUUGAGACUGAAGAACUUGUCAAGAAAAUGAUUCCUUCUGUUCUUCCGAAGCUUGUGGUGUCUCAGCAGUAUAAUAGUCAAGCAGUUGGUACCUUACAUGAGUUGGCCAAGUGUGUGAACACUGAUAUGGUGCUUCUGGUUGUUAAUUGGCUGCCAAAUGUGCUUGCUUUUGCUCUUCAUCAAACAGAUGAACAGCAGCUAAUUUCUGCUGUGCAGUUUUACCAUGAAAAUAUUGGUUCUGACAAGAAGGAAAUAUACGAAGCUGCUUUACCGGCUCUUUUAGAUGAACUUGUAUGCUUUACAGAUGCUGGUGAUUCAAAUGAGAUAAGCAAAAGAUUAGCCAGAGUGCCUCAGAUGAUUAAAGGCAUUGCUAAAGUUCUCACUGGUGCAGAAGAUCUUCCAGGCUUUUUGAGGAGUCAUUUUGUCAGACUUCUGAAUAGCAUAGACAGAAAAAUGCUCCAUUCUGAUGAUUUCUUGCUUCGUAAACAAGCAUUAAACCGAAUUGAGAUGCUAAUUAGAAUGAUGGGUUCUCAUCUUAAUACUUAUGUGCCAAAACUGAUGCUGCUUCUCUUGCAUGCUAUUGAUAAAGAAUCACUGCAAAUGGACGGGCUAUCUGUCUUGCAUUUUUUCAUAAAGCAAUUGGCUAAAGUUUCACCAUCGAGUAUUAAGCAUAUUAUUUCUCAAGUUUUUGCUUCUCUUCUUCCUUUCUUGGAAAGAGACAAAGAAAAUCCCUCAAUAUAUUUGGACAAAGUGGUAAAAAUUUUAGAAGAACUUGUUUUUAAGAAUAGGGUUAUCCUAAAGCAGAAUAUAUCUGAGUUCCCCCCGCUUCCCAGUAUACCUGCUUUGGCGCAAGUGAACCAUGCAAUUGAGAAUGCUCGUGGGACAAUGGCUUUGAAGGAUCAACUACGUGACGUGGUUGAUGGCUUAAAUCAUGAGAACUUAAAUGUGAGGUACAUGGUAGCAUCUGAGCUUCGCAAGCUUCUGAACUUGAGAUGGAAGGAUAUUACAGAUCUAGUCAUAGCUGAAGCUGGUACAGACUUGGAUGUUUUGAGCUCUCUGAUCACAUCCUUAUUAAGAGGAUGUGCAGAAGAAUCGAGGACCACAGUUGGGCAGCGGUUGAAGUUGGUCUGUGCUGAUUGUCUUGGGGCCCUUGGUGCUGCCGACCCUGCUAAGGUAAAAGGAUUUUCAUGUCAACGUUUCAAAAUUCAAUGCUCCGAUGAUGAUCUCAUAUUUGAGCUGAUCCACAAACAUCUAGCUCGGGCAUUUAGAUCUGCACCUGAUACUGUUAUCCAAGACUCUGCCGCAUUGGCUAUACAGGAGUUGCUAAAGUUUGCUGGUUGUGAGGCGUCACUGGAUGAGAAUGCUUCAACUAAGAUCAAGACUACCAAUAGUGGUAAUGAGAUGAAUAAUAGGGGCCAGAAAUUAUGGGAUAGGUUUUCUAAUUAUGUGAAAGAGAUAAUAGCCCCGUGUUUAACGUCUAGGUUUCAGCUUCCUAAAGUAGCCGACUCAACAUCUGCUGGCCCUAUUUACCGCCAAUCUAUGUCAUUUAGAAGAUGGAUUUUCUACUGGAUAAGAAAACUGACUGUGCAUGCUACUGAAUCUCGUGCAAGCAUCUUUAAUGCUUGUCGAGGUAUUGUACGCCAUGAUAUGCAAACAGCAAUAUAUUUGCUUCCCUACUUGGUUCUUAAUGUUGUAUGUCAUGGAACUCAGGAGGCACGCCACAGCAUAACACAGGAAAUCCUAUCUGUUCUUGAUGCAGUUGCAUCAGAGAACAGUGGAGCUCCAGUUCAUGGAUUCAGUGGUGGUCAAAGUGAAGUUUGUAUUCAAUCUGUGUUCAAUCUUCUUGAUAAUCUUGGACAAUGGGUGGAUGAUGUUGAACAAGAACUUGCUCUUUCCCUUUCUCAAUCAUCUGUUUCUAAGCAACAAAAGUCAAAGGAUCAAAGUCCAGUUUCCUUGACAGGUCAGGACCAACUCAUUGUACAAUGUAAAUAUGUUUCAGAGCUUCUAUCCGCGAUUCCAAAGGUGACUCUUGCUAGGGCUUCCUUAAUAUGUCAGGCUUAUGCAAGGUCGUUGAUGUACUUUGAGUCCCAUGUAAGGGAAAAGUCUGGCACUUUCAACCCUGCUGCUGAGAGGAGUGGCAUCUUCGAGGAUGAAGAUGUCUCACAUCUUAUGGAAAUAUACAGCUGUUUGGACGAGCCUGAUGGACUAUCUGGCUUGUCAUGUUUAAGUAAAUCUUUGAGGUUACAAGAUCAGCUUUUAAUGAACAAAAAGGCUGGUAAUUGGGCCGAUGUAUUAACUUCUUGCGAACAAGCUUUGCAGAUGGAACCAACCUCAGUUCAGAGGCAUUCGGAUGUCCUUAACUGCUUACUAAACAUGUGCCACCUUCAGGCCAUGGUCACUCAUGUUGAUGGUUUAGUGUCUAGGAUUCCUCAGUACAAGAAAGCAUGGUGUAUGCAAGGUGUGCAGGCUGCCUGGAGACUUGGAAGGUGGGAUUUGAUGGAUGAGUAUCUUAAUGGAGCUGAAGAUGACAGUUUAGUUUGCAGUAGCUCGGAAAGUAAUGCUUCAUUUGAUUUGAAUGUCGCAAAGAUUCUUCAAGCAAUGAUGAAGAGAGACCACUUCUCAGUUGCAGAGAAAAUUGCUUUAACCAAGCAGUCACUAAUUGCUUCCUUAGCUGCUGCAGGAAUGGAUUCUUAUACGCGGGCCUACCCAUUUGUUGUAAAACUUCACUUUCUGCGGGAGUUGGAGGACUUUCAUUCUCUUCUGGGAGAUGACUCUUUCUUAGAGAAAUCGUUUCAUUUAGAUGAUCCAGCUUUCUCUAAAUUAGUGGACAACUGGGAGAAUCGACUUAGAAUUACACAAUCAUCACUCUGGGCUAGGGAGCCACUCUUGGCUUUCAGGAGAUUGAUUUUUGGUGCAAGUGGUCUUGGUGCUCAAGUUGGCAAUUGCUGGCUUCAAUAUUCAAAACUAUGUCGCUUGGCUGGUCAUUAUGAAACAGCCAACAGAGCAGUUUUAGAAGCCCAGGCGUCCGGUGCACCUAAUGUCCACAUGGAAAAAGCAAAACUCCUCUGGAGCACUCGGCGGUCUGAUGGUGCCAUUGCAGUGCUACAACAGUCUCUCUUGAACAUGCCUGUUGAGGUGUUAGGCGCUGCUGCAAUUUCAUCUAUUACAAGCCUUUCCCUUGUACCACUCAAUCCGCCACUUAUUGUUUGUGAAAGUCAAGCUCCAAAUGAGAACAGAGACAUUGCAAAGACCCUUCUUCUGUACUCAAGAUGGACUCAUUACACUGGGCAGAAACAGAAGGAAGAUUUAAUAAGUCUUUAUACCAGGGUGAGGGAACUGCAGCCUCAAUGGGAAGAAGGAUACUUCUACAUGGCUAAGUAUUGUGAUGAAGUGCUUGGUGAUGCCAGGAAACGCCAAGAGGAGAAUUCUGAACUUGGCCCUAGACGAGUUCCUUUGGCAACUGCUGUUGCUGGCUCUUCAAAAUUAAAUAAUGAGAAGCGUUGGUGGUGUUAUAUUCCCGACGUUCUGUUAUUCUAUGCAAGAGGACUUCACAAAGGAAACAAGAACCUAUUUCGGGCACUUCCAAGGUUAUUAACCCUCUGGUUUGACUUUGGAAGCAAGUAUCUAAGAAGUGGUUCGUCACAAAAGGAUUUAGAGGAUGUGCAUAAGAAGGCACUGAGUGUUAUGAGAGGCUGUUUGAGGGAUUUACCACCAUACCAUUGGUUGACCGUGCUACCUCAGUUGGUUUCAAGAAUUUGCCAUCAAAAUGCAGACGUUGUUCGAAUAGUCAAAGAUAUCAUUACCUCUGUUCUCAUAGAGUAUCCACAACAGGGCCUAUGGAUUAUGGCUGCAGUUUCAAAAUCUACCGUUCCUUCAAGGCGGGAAGCAGCAGCUGUAAUCAUACAAGCGGCGCGUAAUGGUUUCAACUCAGGAAGUAAUGCCAACAGUUUAUUUGUUCAAUUUGCUAGCCUGAUUGACCAUUUGAUCAAGUUAUGCUUCCAUGCUGGUCAGUCAAGAGCAAAGACAAUUAAUCUCUCAACUGAAUUUAGUGCUCUAAAGAGGAUGAUGCCCCUGGGAAUUAUAAUGCCAAUUCAACAAUCUCUCACCGUAAAUCUGCCAGCAUAUGAUGGGAAUCUGGGUGAUUCACUUAUGUCUAAUAUAUUUUCUGCCACAGAUCUUCCUACUAUAUCAGGCAUUGCUGACGAGGCUGAAAUUCUAUCAUCUCUUCAGCGACCUAAGAAAAUCAUUCUACUGGGAAGUGACGGUCUUGAGCGCCCGUUCCUAUGCAAACCCAAGGAUGACCUCCGCAAAGAUGCUCGCAUGAUGGAGUUCACAGCCAUUUUUAAUCGACUGCUAUCCAAAUAUCCUGAAAGCCGUAGAAGGAAGCUAUAUAUUCGCACAUUUGCGGUGAUUCCUCUGACAGAGGACUGUGGUCUGGUAGAGUGGGUACCCCACACUCGUGGGCUUCGACAAAUUCUUCAAGACAUAUAUAUUACUUGUGGAAAGUUUGAUCCGCGGAAAACAAACCCUCAAAUUAAGCGAAUUUAUGAUCAAUGCCAAGGUAAAGUGCCGGAGGAUGAGAUGCUGAAGGAUAAAAUACUUCCAAUGUUUCCUCCUGUUUUCCACAAAUGGUUCUUGACAACAUUUUCUGAGCCUGCUGCGUGGUUCAGGGCACGUGUUGCUUAUGCUCACACGACUGCUGUUUGGUCCAUGGUUGGGCAUAUUGUCGGACUGGGUGACCGGCACGGUGAAAACAUUCUUUUUGAUUCUACCACCGGUGAUUGUGUUCACGUUGAUUUCAGUUGCUUAUUUGACAAAGGUUUGCAAUUGGAGAAACCCGAGCUUGUACCUUUCAGGCUAACACAGAACAUGAUUGAUGGCUUAGGCAUCACAGGAUAUGAGGGUAUCUUCUUGAGGGUUUGCGAAAUCACACUUUCUGUAUUGAGGACACACAGGGAGACUCUCAUGAGCGUGCUUGAAACUUUUAUCCACGAUCCUCUCGUGGAAUGGACAAAAACUCAGAGGUCCAGCGGCGUAGAAGUUCAGAAUCCACAUGCACAGCGAGCCAUUAGUAAUAUUGAGGCAAGAUUAGAAGGAGUGGUUGUUGGUGUUGGAGCUGCACCUUCAUUGCCUCUAGCUGUAGAAGGUCAAGCCCGUAGGCUAAUUGCUGAAGCAGUCUCUCACAAGAAUCUUGGAAAGAUGUACAUAUGGUGGAUGCCUUGGCUCUGA